AUGGCGUCGGGGGUCUCUCUUGGUUCUGUCGCUCUCUGCCUGUCACUCUUCUUUCUCUCCAGCUUAGUCCAAGCUUUAAAGCAACCACACUGCGCUGAUUUUUUGCAGCACUGCGCCUGGAACGCCAGCACAUCUUCGUGUGAGUUUCGCAAGUCCAUUUCCUUUGUCUGUGGUCCUCGUAACGUAUCAAUUUAUCGAGGUUUCACGGCCAAUACUACAUUAUCUUUUCCUGAUGACGAUAACGAGCCUAAAGCUGCAGCAAUUGCAGGAUUUACGUGCCAUUGGGACGUGGCAGGGGCUCUUCAGGUGGCACCAAAUGUGACUGUCGCUGUAAAUGGUGAUGACUGUUUACUGCAUAUUGGAUCCGGUCAAAUGGUGUUAAUAGGGGCCAAAGCAAUGCUUCGUGCUUCGUCAUUAAGUAUUGAAGCGUCAUUUGUACAUUUGGAAGUCGAGGCACAGAUUGCAGCGUCUUAUAGUGGCACAUUUCGUGGUAAUCACGGAUUUUUCACAGGAACGGAUGUAUUUGGUGCAAGUAAUGGAGGAGGAGGUGGUCAGCGAUUGAUUGCAAAUGCGACCAUUCUUACACAACAGACGACAAGAGGGUUUUUUGAUGUAAGAGGUCGUACAUUGGAAAUGCAGCUGAUGAACGAGAAAGAAGCACUUUUAAUGAAAAGUAGUGCUGGGUGGGAGUUUGCAGAUUUGUGGGCAAUGGAGAAAGAGCUGAUGGCGAACCCAGCGGUUUCGGGGGUUGAGAGAGACCCGAGUGCGAUGAUUGCACCGUUUCUUCUUGGAAGUGGCAGUCGAGUGGUAAUUGAUGGAGCCGGACGUGCUGUUACGGUGAAUGGAGGUGGACGAAUUCAGAUCAAAGCAUCAAAAGAUGUCGUGGUGAUGGAUGGUGCUAUUAUUCAGGCAAACGGAGCGUCUGCUGUUGAGGGAGUAAGUGGCGGGUCAGGAGGUUCCGUCUAUAUAUCAGCAAAUGCACUGUCGCUGAGCGGUGAUAUUCAGGCUAAAGGAGGGGAUGCGUUUUGCACAAAAGACGCUUCAGAGCGUGGCAUCACUCACUGCUUUCCUGCAGGUGGUGGUGGUCGUGUACAGAUCACGUACAUGUCGAGUCAGUUAGAUACCAAAGCGAUCGACGCAACUGGCGGAACGCUCAGCUUAGACCAAACGAAGAAACUUUUGACAAAAAGAAAGCGCUUUCGCCACGUGCAGAUUUCAGCACUUGCUGGUGCAGCGGGUACGUACUAUCAGGUGGUUCAGCAUUCGGACGGAGUGCAAGAAGCCCAACUUAUUGUUAAUAACGACAUGCAGCAUCUACGACCCAACCAUAUUCAAAGCGAAGACGGAAAAGAAGCGAUUGAUAUUAAUGAUAUGGAUACAGUUAUCGGUGGUGCUGUCACGAGUUUAUAUGUUGGGGGUGACAAGGCAAGCAAGAUCGAUGCAUUAACAAUUUCAAAUGGUGCUGUUGUCGCGACAGGCUGCCUGAAGUUGCCCGGGGGUGACUUGAAGGUUCUCAAUGGCUCGUUUCUUUUGGAUGCGUUACUGGUGGAAUUUCCGCUCGAGCUACCUGAUUCUAUCAGCAACCACACGCCUCUUCUGCAGAUUCGAGUGCGAGACAUGAUUGUUUCCAGUGGUUCACAAAUGAGCAUGCCGACUAGCGCACUGCAGCUUUCUGCUCGCUCUUUUUUGAUGGAUGCAACUGCAGCGCUAGAGUUCACGUGGAGUGCACAGAUCAUUACAAGCCAGAACAUUCACAUAGAUGCGAACGUAUCGAGUGCAUUCAAUCCUAUUAUCGCAGCUCCUGCGACAACAAUGAAUUCAUUUACUUCAUUGACUACGACCAAGCUAUAUGAUAGUAAAAUACUGUCCCUCGUGAGUGGGGGCGAUGUUGCAUUAGGUGGAAUGAUUGCUGUUGGAGCACUAUCCGUAUCAUCGGAAGUUUCGAUUUCAAUUAAUGGUCACCUUGAAGCGUUUAACAUUCCCAGCAUAAAAUCAAAUUUUCGCUCCUGUAAGGAACAGCAGUGGCAAUCACUUCGUUUUAUGAACGAAGAAGACUUGGAAACGAAAGUUGCGCAUGAUGGCUCUGAGAUGGAGCCUACGAUACCUGCCGUUCCCUCAUAUUUGCCUACAGCAAGUAACUUCACGUUGGAGCUACACGCACGGGGAUCAAUAUAUGUCGGUGAAUCGGAAAAGAAAAAGCAACAACUUGAAAUUGAGAUUCAAGAUGAUGAUGGCCUCCCUCCGCAGCCGGUUGGAACUUUACGUGGAGGGGCCGUCUUGUUGUGUGCAACCGACUCCGUCGAAAUCUCGCAAGGGUCUAUUAUAUCAGCGGAUGGAGCAGGACAACUGGCAAACCAGGGCCCCGGCAUGGGAUCGUGUACUGGCUCCAUCGGCGGUGGUGCAGGUUACGGUGGCCGCGGAGCUGACUCAAGCUUAGUAACCAAAAUUGGCAGUUAUGCGUCUGGUGGUCUGCCGUACGGAACACGAUCUGGUGCAGGUAUGCUAGGCUCGGGUGGCGGGUGUGUGAAUGGCGGAAACGGUGGCGGCAUCAUUAUUGUUGGUGCUUCUGGCCUCGUGCUAAAUGGUGAAAUCCAAUGUAAUGGUGACGGUGGUGCAAAUGGUGCAGGAGGUGGCUCUGGUGGCUUUUUAGGACUUUCCGUAGCACAGUAUCUGCGUGGUCAUGGGCAUAUCAGCGCUGUGGGUGGUGGAUCAGAAUGUACCGAUACUGUCACUACUGUCUCGAGUGACGCAAUGUGGCACGAUCCAACACCUUUAAUCGGAAAUAUUCAAGAUGAGGCCGCUGACAAACAGGAAGCGGCACAAUCACCGAUGAGUUCAACUGUUGCUCCUCGCCUAUGCGGCGGUGGCGGUGGAGGUGGACGUCUGCAGCUUACGGGCUGCAAACUAAGUCCAUUCAGUCGGUGUACUAAAGAAUUUGACGGCAACUACACAGUGGCAGGAGGUGCCACCUCGUACAAAUUGGCUAAUAUCGAUGGCGACACUCCGGCAUUACCAGCGCCCAUCCCUGCACCCAUUCUUCCAGCAGGUGCGAGUGGGUCAUUCUUUGGUUUUCCAUGCCCGCCUGGUUCUGGCGGACUCUUCUGCCGCUUGUGCGCCGUGGGGAAAUACAAGUCAGAAAGCAACAGUGCUGAAUGCGUCGUGUGCACCAACGCACCAGCAAACGCGCACUACAUUGGAUCUGGCGCCACUAGUGCGCGUUGUGAUUGGGCAUGUGACCCCGGAUAUUCAGGAUAUUACUGCGUGUCGCCCAUUCAACAGCUACUGGACGCGUGCGGCGGCGAGUUUGGUUUUGCUCUUGUACUAAUGAGCAUAGUGACCUUCUUUAUUUUGCUGGGAUACGCUUGUCGAAACCGCAAGGAGCCCUCGUACACUCGCAUGUACAACAGUCGAGGUACGAAGGGUGAACGGCAGCAUUUACUGUCUUCUGCUGUAGCCAACUCGCAGCGUAGCUGGUAUGCAUUGCUAUUUCGCUGUUUUUACUGGCCUCGGGUUGGCUACCCAAAGCUUAUGGAGCGUGAUCUACCUGAGCACAUGGCACGACUCUAUUUUGCCGGGUACAACGAUCCAGCCUCUCCGUUAAAGCUCCGCACGACAGUCCCACCAUCUCUUAAGAAGGUCCUGUAUGACGUUGAGUUCAGAAACUUGGCGGACCGAAUCAACCGCGUUCUAGCUUGGCAGCGUGGUCCAUGCUCUAGCUGGGGGAAGAUCGUGCAUUUUUUAGUGGCAUUAUUAUGCUACCCGUUCGCGUCCGAAGUAAAACUCUUCCGACGGCAUAUUCGUGUGAACGAGCUCAAGCGGAUCGUUGCGAAGUAUAAUCACGCCUGUAUGAAGGGACCCCGAGCUCGCGGUCUACUUAACGCGGUAAAGCUCGGCUACUGUGCUGAUUACUCGCUUGUCUAUCUCGAGUUGUUGUACAAGGAGAGCUCCCAGUCGGUGUGCGUGCCCACGACAAAGGUCGGCAAACCGUCACUGCCGCUCGUGCUAUUGUUUGCUGGAUGUGGAACAUAUUUUUCACCGUUUUACUUGGACCCAAACGAUUUGCUUGUGCGGUCCAUUCCGCAAUGCCCUGAACUGACGGCUUUUAUUGAUGAACCAUGGAUUGAAUUUGUUGCAGAGCUUAACGAACUGUUGCGCGUCUUGCAGCGCGAUGCGGUUUCACUUGUUGAGUCGCUUCUUCCUGUAGCUGUGUACUUGGAGAAACAACGCGCGCUAUCUGCGUUGGGAAGUAACUCGAGCAAGCUUGGAGGAUUACGUAUCUAUCUUGGUAGAUUUUACGUGCAGGACGAGUUGAGUAUGGGAGAGGAAUUCAAGCUCGGCCUCUUCCUUUCGACAGCAAAAGAGUCGCUAGACAAUGUCGGCAGCAACAAUACCGCCAACCUCCAGCAACCUCCAUCAUCCAGUAGUCGACAAAGCUACGGGAACCAUUGCACAAAAGAUUCCAACUACUACAACAUUAAUGAUGUGUACGGGUAUGGUCGGGGGGAUUCGAUGGAUUAUCCUAGUCAUCGUCAUAAGUGUAGCAUUGGCAAUGACGGCAUGCUCUACGAUAUGGGAGGGUGGGGCACAGCUUCAAACAACAACGGAGCAUCACGCGGGAGGAUUCGGAGUUCCACUGGUUCUGUAAGUGGUAACGCAGCUACCCAAAAUCCAGUGAGUAGUAUACGAGAAGAGGCACUCCGAAUCCGAUCUUCCAGCUCGUAUGGAGACGGAUUAGCAGGUAAUGGGCAUUCAGGGAGAGGUGAAAACUCAGACGAUGUGUUGGUAUUAAUGGGAUCGGGAUCGGCGAAGAAGAAGAGUAUCAACAACGCAACACAUCAGUCUUCUUACGAAGGCUGGCUAGGACCUGUUGAUGCUUCACUUCCCGUGCCGGGAGUACUCAUUUGUGCGGAUGAGCUUCGUGAACGCCUUGCUGAUCGAGCACUACGACAAAGAUUGAUGGCGUUCCUUCGCUUUUACUUGAUGCCUCGCAACUUGCCUCGCAGUAGCUCACUCAAUCUGUCAUGGAUGCUAAGUAUUUCAUUGCUCACGCUUCUCAUGGUGGAUCUGGCAAUUACUUUUGCCAUUUUAGUCAACCUAAAAUGCGUCACCGAAGGUGAAGUUGACCACGAUUGCAGCGCCUCCAUCAUGGUGCCUGUGCUGCUGAUGCCGCCGCUUGCACUCAUUGUGUCGCCCAUUGUGGGCAUCAUAUCGUUGGCACUUUCGUCUUCAACCUUUACGCGUCGGUUUUCGGUCUGGAACGCUCUUUCCAUGAUCAGUGUUGGGAUUGCCAUAUUAGCCUGCGUCGCACAAUCUAGCCGGCUAGUAGCACCAUGGUUUGCAGGUCCAGUACCCCUACUACCAGUGAUUGCCAUGGGUGUGAAGGCUGGCCAAGCUUAUUUGGUGGAGCGCUACAUCGCCUUUCAAGAAACUCAGCGUCGACGUCGCGGCUGGCGCGGCAUCAUGAAGCGCCGGCUCUCAGACGCCAGCAUUCCGACCGAGUCACCCUAG